AUGUUACCCAAUUCACUUGUUCAGAUGAAAGUUCUUUAUCCCUUCCAAAGGCAGGUGGGUGGAACUGUUCUGGCGGGUAGGUUUGCGUUGGAGCGAGGAUGGGCUAUAAAUAUUGGAGGGUUUCAUCACUGUAGUGGUGGAAGUGGAGGUGGAUUUUGUGCUUACGCAGACAUUUCCCUUUGCAUUCAUUUUGCUUUUGUUCGGUCAAAUAUAUCAAGGGUGAUGAUAAUUGAUUUAGAUGCACGUCAAGGAAAUGGUCAUGAAAUGGAUUUUGGUAAUGAUGAGCGCGUGUAUAUCUAUGCACAUCCCUGAAAUAUACCCAUUUGUAAGUGCUUUCUGUCUAAAUUUGUACUGUAUCUUCUCUAGUUGAACCUCAACAGCCUCUCUCCUAGACAAUAGUUUGUUUUGUCUUUGUAAAUGUUGGUAUUUUUUUCAUUGCUCUAUGCAAAGAGUUUUGACGUUCUCUUCUAGAAAUAUCAAUAUAAGAGGACAUAUCACCUCACCUUUUGGUUUUUUUUUCUUUCAUUAAAUUGCUUCAGGACCUGACCGCUAGAAAUUAUAUUAAUCAUAUGGUUGAAGUGGUGGUGAGCAUCUGGCA